AGAGAGAGAGUUAGUGGUUCAAAACUACUAUGAGUGUCAAAAGCACGGUCAUAUACACGAUCAUAUAAUCGGAUUUCAACACUCGCUAGGGAAAACCAUCCAAAAAUUGAAUCAUAUUCUAAUCGUGAAAAAUCAAUAUGGGAAAUUAACAAAGUUCAUGUUCUUGCGAGAGAGACAGAGAUAAGUAAAGUGUCUCUGUGUCUGUCUAAACGGUAACCUUCUUGCUUUCCAUGUUGAUUUUUCACUAGUCACGCUUCAGUUUUCGGACGGUUUUCCCUAGGCCUCAACAGAGAGGAUUUCCUCUAUGGCGUCAGUAUAUGAGUGACCUGAUCGUUUUUCAGACAGAGAUAGAGACAUUUUACUUAUCCCUAUCUGUUUUGCAGAACAAAAACUUUGUUGUCUUCCAUGUAGAUUUUUCACGAGUCAAUUUUCGAAUGACUGUGCUGAGAUCUGUUUAUAUGGCCGUGCUUUACCCCACUUAUAAGUAUUCUAUAGUCGGUCUAACACAUCGAGAUAUAAAGAUAGAGUGCGUGAGUGAGCUGAAAAAGCGAUAUAGGAAUAAAAGCCAUGCUGCACAGAAACUUCAUGUGUCUUUAUCUAAUAACGCAUGUACAUUCAUACAAUAAAUAUCUGUAGUCUGAUCAACGAGACGAGGCAUAAAUGUAAAUAAAAUUUGACUGUUGCAACUGCAAUGAUUGUCAACUAGUAACAAUCGAGUGUGUCGACUAUAAGUGUAGCACCGACCAACGAGUAGCGUCAGCGUGCAUGCCUGAUUAGACAAGAACAGAAGGGGGCAGAACAGGGCCUGCUCACAGUUUGUUCCUGAAAAAAUGUUAAUUCACCUGGAUAAGAAUCUUCAGCAAAGAUCUACUACAAAUUUAUCUCCGGGCAUCGACACUAGGUACUAUUUGAUUAGCCUCGUUCAACCACUCAAAUCUAAACUACGUAGAAUAAUAUGCUGAUGAAAGAUACCAAGAUUGUGAUGAACAAACCAAAUAUAAGAACUGAAAGUCAAGCGGAAAGUAUGUAACUAUACUAAAACUAUAGGAACAUACAAGACUACAAUUUGGAGAAGGUUAUCGAUUAUGUCUUUUCGUUUUACGAUGUAGCUUCGAAUAAAAAUCAUCAUUGAAACUGCUUAUCUAGUGAUGCUUACCUGCGGACAUGAAACUAAGACACAAAAUAAUGAUGUGGAUCAUCGACGAUCAUCGCGAAACGUUCUUUGUUCGCAGCUCUGGAUUUGUAGAGAAAUAUGUCAACAGAAGGCGCAGAACUUUCAAAUCGUUUCAUGACUCGAGAUGUCGAAACUAUGUCGGAUGAGACACAGAACAAUCGUAUGGAUAUACUGGAGUGUCUUUCAGUUUUAAUUAAUGAAAAUAAUUCUGGCAAUGAUCAAACAGAAGAAUUAACACUAGAUGAACACCUAUUGAGUGGUGGUACAACCUUGACAGCAGUAACGUUGCCUGAUGGAACGCAAGCAUUUGUUACCAAUAAUUUCAACGAUGAUGAUAUGAAUUUAAAAAGGCAAACAACAUUAGAAUUGGAGAGUGGAGAUACUAUAUUGCUUCGAGAUAUAACAGAGUUUGCAGAAGGUAAACCACUUCAACUGGAAUUAGAGCCAGCAACAAUAGUUCAAGCUCGUGACUCUACCAUAGAAAAUGUUGAAAACUAUCCUCAUGUAGAGUUUAUCGAUGGUAAUGCUUAUAUGGUAGCUGGCCAUCUUGAUAUUAGCAAAGAUUUAUGGGAAAUUGAAGAUGGGAAAUUGAAGAAAAAGGAUUCCAAGAUUUUAUUAAAUAAGCUAUCUACAUCAAGAAUAAGACAUCCUUGUCCAAGGGAGGGCUGUUCAAAGGUUUAUAGUACACCUCAUCAUCUUAAGGUUCACGAACGAUCUCACACCGGUCAACGACCAUACAGAUGCACACAUCCAAAAUGUAAGAAGAGCUUCUCGACAGGAUACAGUUUAAAAGCGCAUUUGCGUACGCACACAGGAGAGAAACCUUACAAAUGUCCAAACGAAACGUGCGAUAAAAGUUUUAAAACAUCCGGAGAUUUGCUAAAACACGUACGAACCCAUACUGGAGAACGGCCCUUCUUAUGUCCGUUCAAUGGAUGCGGUCGUUCCUUUACUACGAGUAAUAUUAGGAAGGUUCAUGUCAGAACGCACACCGGGGAACGUCCAUACAAAUGUACACAACCUAAAUGUGGCAAGGCGUUUGCUAGUGCAACAAAUUAUAAGAAUCAUAUACGAAUUCAUUCGGGUGAAAAACCUUACGUAUGCUCUAUAGAAAACUGUGGAAGGAGAUUCACAGAGUAUUCUAGUCUUUACAAGCAUCAUCUCGUUCAUACGCAACAACGUCCGUUCGAAUGUAAAAUUUGCUUGAGGAGGUACAGACAAAGUAGUACUCUCGUGAUGCACAAAAGAACUGCUCAUUCAUUAGUCGAUAAUGAUGAUAAUGUCGAUGUUCUUUGCCAAGAAUCUGUACAGGAGUCUUUUAGUCGAAGCAAAGAUAGACGAAAAGGAAGCAUUAUGCGAGAUAACGGUAAUUCGUCGUUAAAGAUCACAGAAAAAGAUGGACAUAUACAGAUUUCCAAAGCAACCGAUGAUUUAAAUGAUAAUGAAACGCAGAUUUUAUUGGUCGGUGAUCCUUCACAAAUUGCAGCAUUACAGCAGAAAAUUGAGCUAAACGGUGGUUUCGACGAACCUGGCAUUGAUACUUCGUUCGAAGAAUUAAAUAUAAAGAUUGAAGAUAUAGAACUUGGAUGGCACUGAUACGUCUUCAAAAUCAUUCAAUGAAUAUUAAAUAGAAACAGAAAUUGUCUAUUCUUUCUUUUGUCUAUUUCUUCAAUUAUCUAUUGUUUACUGAGUCUUUUAUAUAUGUACGUACAAUUUGUAGUUCUAUCGAUCUUAGCAUUGGGAAUUAAGGACAACUUCGGCUUAUCACGUCAUCGGAAAUAAUCUAAAAAAGAGUAUUUUGUUUAUUAAUUUGAAGAUACAUUUCGUCAUUAUUUACAAAUAAAUUGGAUUGGAAUUUUGAA